CCUGGUUCGCAUGCUGCUGGUAAAAAGUUGGGACGGGACUAUCGUUACAAUUUGCAUAAUUUUCAAUCACAACGCAGCCGAAUAAACGAAAAUGAUUGCUUUACGGACAGUUUGCCAGUUUUCCCGUGUAAAUUCCAUCACCCGACACAUCACAACGAAUGUGGUGAGACAUGCAGAAGCUGCAGUUGCGUCCUCCGGAGCUGAAAAGCUUACGAUACCGGUCCCGGAGGGCACGGAUAAGCCGGCUGACCCGAAGCUGGUGUCUAUCGUGGACAGUAUCGCCAAACUGAACCUGCUGGAAGUGUCCGAACUGAGCACGUUGCUGAAGCGAAAGCUGAACCUGCCCGAUACGGCGAUGAUGCCAGCCGGAUUCGGUGCAUUUGCUGGUGGUGCUGCACCGGCUGCCGUUGAAGAGGAGGAAGCUGCCCCGAAAGUGGUCAAAACGACGUUCAAGGUGAAGCUGGUCAAGUUUGACGAGAAACAGAAGGUAGCGCUGAUUAAGGAGGUGAAAAAUCUGCUCGAGGGCAUGAACUUGGUGCAGGCGAAAAAGUUUGUCGAAAGUGCACCGACUGUUGUUAAGGAUGAUAUUCCGAAGGACGAGGCGGAAAAGCUGAAGGAAGCGUUUACCAAGGUGGGAGCGGUGAUUGAGAUAGAGUGAAGUGGUGGGAAGACAUGUUUGUAAUUAGCAUUUAAGCCAUUUUAGUUGAAGUAGGAUCAAAAUAAACAAACAAUCCACAUUACAACGUUCUGCCGCGGAGA